CAAACACAGAGCUACAAGAGAGAGAGUAGUGGACUUCCAUUCAUCAGGAGACACAAACACAAAGAUUCCUGAUGAGUCAUCAUGUUGAUGUGUAACUGCUGGAUGUGGAAGCAGCUGUUGAUAUCAUGUGAGACACAACUACUUUAUAAGCUGAUAAGAUGUCACAUGUUGUGUUCACAGCUUGUUUUCACUGAACCACAAGUGGACAAAGAAAUCAAUAGAUGCAGGUUUAAACAUGUGACUCACUGACUGACUGUAGAGGAAACUGAGUGUGAAAUGGAUGAUGAUGGUCAAUAUAAUACUGAUAAUAAUACAUCAUGAAUAAGUGAACAUAAUGAGCUGUCGUCAUGGGCCAAUCAGAAGAAGCUCCAGUGAAGUCAAAGAAUAUGAGCUGAUGAAUAAUAAGUGCUCCAUGUGAACAUGAAUAACAAAGCUCUGUGUGUGGGAGCGAUGUAAUGUCCAUGUCUCCAUGCUGCUCUGACCCCCCUCCUCCUUUCAGGGUGGAGCCUGCUGGAGUCCGAUGGUCCAGACCAGGUCUGAGGAAGUAUUCCUGUGAACUCACACUCGACACAAACACAGUGAACAGAAACCUCAAACUGUCUGACAACAACAGGAAGGUGACAGAUAUGGAGGAGGUUCAGUCAUAUCCUGAUCAUCCAGACAGGUUUGAGUUCUGGUAUCAGCUGCUGUGUAGAACUGGUCUGACUGGUCGCUGUUACUGGGAGGUCGAGUGGAGAGGAGAGGUUUCUAUAUCAGUGAGUUACAGAGGAAUCAGGAGGAAAGGAGACGGUGAUGACUGUUGGUUUGGAGAGAAUGAUCAGUCCUGGUGUCUGAGAUGCUCUGAUGAAGAUGGUCGUUACUAUGUCUAUCACAAUAAGACAAGAACACCCAUCACCUCCUCCUCCUCCUCCUCCUCCUCUGGUAGAGUAGCAGUGUAUGUGGACUGUCCUGCUGGCUCUCUGUCCUUCUACAGAGUCUCCUCUGACAUACUGAUCCACCUCCACACCUUCAACACCACAUUCACUGAACCUCUUUAUCCUGGGUUCAGGUUCAUCUCCAGGUCCAGACCUGGUUCCUCAGUGUCUCUGUGUUCUCUGGAG